CUCAAAAAAUUCCAAAAGUUUAUCUGGCAAUUUAAGAAAUUCAAUGAAAGCGGAAAAAGUGCCAGAAGAUAGAGAACAAGCUUCAUGUUCCACCAAUCGUUCAUUAUCAAGGAGUUCUGAGGUGACCGAAAAUUUAUGGUCAGGUUGCAUAGAAAAUCCGAUAUUUCCGACAGUAUCAAUUACACCAGCAACAUCAUUGUCAACCACCACAUCGACGACAUCAUUAUCAUUACAUCAAAUGACACUUCCACCACCUUAUCCACAUCCUCAGGAUUUAAAUUCAUAUUUCUACAGCAGUCAUCAGUAUUAUCAACAAAUGUUAGAUAGCAGUGCUGCUGCAGCAUACAAUAAUACUUACAGUAGCUAUCAAGCUGCUGCUGCAGCUACUGCUUACAAUCAAAAUUGUCCAAUAUCCGCCUAUUCCGCACAUCAGUAUUUUUUUGGACCCAGAUAG